AUGCCGGAUGACAGCGUUUCAGGGGUCUCGCAGUGGUCGCACAAGCGGCCGGCAGAGUGGUGGCCAGAGGAUGAGGGCUACCGUGGCUGGUGCUCUGUCUGCAUUAGCCGCCUGCACAGGUGUCGUCGAAGCCGAGAGUACGGAGAAUACCGAGAAUACCGAGAGCAUCGGGUGCGUGCCGUGGUCAAAGUCUCCAGUGAAGGAGAGGCCCAAGAAGCGAUGGUGAAGAAAGCCAGAUGGCACGGUCAUAUCGACCACCACUUCGUGGAGGAUGGCAUUCUGAAGAUUCGAUUCAAGGUAGCUUCCUCCGCCUCGAGCUUUGUCAAAGCCGAGCCAAGCGGUUUCGUGCUGCGCGUUGUAGCGCGUGCUAUGCCCUUGGCGUGCUUUUUCAAUCGCGGUUUUGUGCUGCGCGUUGUAGCGCGUGCUAUGCCCUUGGCGUGCUUUUUCAAUCGUUGGGGCUCAUGCGCUAGACUUCAGCAGUCCUCUACGUUCCCAGGACCGCUGGCAUCUUUCGUCCUGCGCGGCGAUGUUGAAGAUGUGCCAGUGCGUUGGUGUUUCUCGGUUGCAUCUGUGGGUGCCCUUUGCGAUUGGCAAGCGGCUGGAGGCUGCGUGGCCUUGCGAAAAGAGCGCUUCGUUUGGAUUGUGGCAGGUGACCGCCUGGUGCGACAGAUUGCUUUUCGGAAUCUUUCUACCCUCAAAUUGCCCAGCGCUGGGGACGACGUCACCUGGACCCGGAUGCCCAUCCUUCCGGAAGCUGUGGCUGAAGACAUCUCAGUGCUUGCCGAGCUGCGCCAACAAGCCUAUAGCGUCAUGGCCAUGUCAGAGAAGGAAAAGGCGUACGUCAGUUACAAAGAGUCUUCCUUGUCAAGGCGCCAGAAGCGCCGACGCUUCGAAGUCCUCUACUGGUGUAAUGUGCACAUCAAUGCCGUGCUCCGAAAUGAACGUCGGCGACGCUGUCACGAGAAGAACAUGGACCGCAUCUUUGAAGAGUACAGCGCCGAAGUGGCGAAGGAAUUGGAAAGGGAUACUGUUGCCCACAGAAAUGCUGAGAAGCUUCCCUUCACGCGCUUCAAAGACACUUGUCUCGUUGAUGCAUUCAGAUCUGUAGGCAUUAAAGUUCCCUAUGCAGCUUCGGGGCCUUUCUGGGCCAUAUCGGAUGGAAAGGAGAUGCUUGCUCCUUUCGGGUAUACCAUUCGUGAGCUCCCAUCCUUCAACUCUUCGCGGCUCCCUCCUGGGAAGUAUGUCUUGUACGCGCGAAACCACUUCAACGGUUUCCGUGUUUUUGAUGAUGGCUCAUGCCGCUUGCAGUUGAAUCACAAGACUCAUGUAGGUGCCGAGCCUCGUUGCAAUAUCGAAGACCAGUUUGAGCUUGCCUUUGAAGUGAUAUCAAUGAAGCCGGGUGAUGUCGCAGGAAGCCAAAUUGACGCUUGCGGCGGUGCACGCCCAAUCUCGUUGGCAGAGGAACUGUGUUCAAGUUCAAACUUCCCACUCCAGAAGGAACUUGGGGCAGCCCGAGAUCCAAGGACUAUUCUUCAGCACCAGUACUUGUUUCGGAAUGGUGAGCAAGUGGACAGGUUUCGUGCUUGGUCCCAACUCGCAGACUUCCAAGCAGCUCUGUUCCCAGUGCUCAAAACAUUCCAAAGAUUUCCAAUGACAUUUUGGAUCUUGCCUAUUCCUUUUGACACUCAGGGGAAAGCAAGUGAUUGGCAGAUUCGGCUGGAGUGCUGCUCUUUGUUUCUAACGCUAAUCAAAGACAACAAGCUGGUUCAGCUAGAGGCUCUGCUUCUGACUUUCUAUUGGCCGGAAAUUCAGCGCAAUACAGGGCUAUUGGAUAUUGUGAAUACUUCCAGUAUUGCUUUGAGCCGCAGAGAUCGGGUUAAGAGGUUGGUAAGCGCAUGGCUUCUGUUGCAUGUCCUCAGCAUGCCCAUUCCAGACGACAAAGGAUAUUUGAUUCCAAAGCCAAUGCCUCGCUGCCUCUUCUACCGAUAUGUUCGUGUCUAUCGUGUUUUGCAAACUUUUCUCUCCCAAGACAGGCCCAAAAAACGAUACGUUGCUCGGCUUGCUGAUGUUUGUGGAGGGAGUGAUGCUCCUCAGUCCGCUGUAGUCUCCUGCGUCUUGGCUUGCACUGGUGAAGAAGUGUGCCAGCUUGACGUCACGGAAUCAUGCACCAUCCUCGAUCUGAAGCAGAGGAUCGCGGCCGUUCUUCGACAUCUGCCUUUUGCUGUGACUUUGUUAUUGGAUGGACGCGCUCUUCCACUGGGCGCAGUUUGGGCAGUAAUCGGUUUCCCACCUCCACCGUUGCUACACGUGGUUUUGAUCCCCAGGACAAAUGAUUACAAGCUGGAUCUCUCCAACGCCAUCCAACAGCAAGAGCAUGACGCCAUCAUCAAAAUACUGUCUGCUGGCCAAGACCCAGAUUGCAGUGGCGUCGUGCACCAUACGCGGCGCAAGGAGCGCGUUCUCCUCACUGCAGCGUCUGCGGGUUUCUUUUACUCUGUGCACCUCUUGCUUUCCGCGCUUGCAGAUCCGAGCACAGUGGGUCACGACAGCCGAAGCGCCUUGCACAUAGCAGUGCUCAAAGAUUCUCCAAUGACUUUACGGCUACUUCUGAACAGCAAGGCCGAUGUCCACGUCCAAGAUUUCGGGGGGGAAACUCCAUUGCAUUACGCCGCGGUUUGUGAGAAGCCGCAGCUGGCUCAACAAUUACUUCAAGCUGGAGCAGACCCUCUGGAUUGGAGAGGCCAGGCCCCUCUUGUGUGCAGCAAAGAGGCAGACACCAGGGCUUGUCUGAUGGAUGGGUGUUGGGACAGGCUUUCGUUUACCGCAGUAUUCCUUUUGAACAAGGACAUUUUUGCCACAUACGAGAUGUGCGACCAGCUUGCCCAGCUGUGUCGCAAUCUUCAGCACUGCGUCCGCCAAGAUGCACUAGGCGGAAGUUCAAACCAGAAUGCCCUUUUCCAAAUCCAGGCGAACAAAGAAGCAGCACGAGCCCGCAAAAUGCGCCGGAUCGUCACAUGGACUGCCGGUGGCAUGGAAUUAGCUGUUCGCGGAGAUGCCGCCGAUGCCUUAGUGCCACUGAACUACAAACAUUUUGUUGCUUGCCAAGACAUCGAGACAUUGGCUUGGCUGAAUCCACAUAGCCGUGAUCGUCAUGUCCGGUUUGAGCAGAAGGACCACGUGUACUUCGUGCAUGGGCUGAGGACCCACGGAUCCGUCACUGGAAUGAUCCACGCUUUUGCGCGUGCGUUUGAUGCAGAUGCCGUCAUUCGCAAGAUGAUUCACAGCGACCGCUGGCCUCGUCCAAACUAUCUUCGCCCGGUCCUGUCAGAGGCUUCUCUGCAGCGCGUGCGUCAGGUUGAUCCAGAACUUGUCCUUGCACUUUUGGAUGUUCCCCGCAACGACCCAUGGAUUUGUUGCAGAAUCCAGACCUUGCGUGAACAUCAUCCCGACCUAUGUGAUUCUUUAGCUUUGAGCCCGGAAGAAAUCAAAAAAAUGUGGGGCACCAAUGCUCUCGAAGCUGCUGCAUGUGGUACCUACAUGCACCAUCUAUUUGAGGCGUACCUCAACGGAUACGCGGUGCCUCAGUUCAGUCCUGAAAUUGCAAUGCUCCAAACAUUUUUGCAGGGAAUGCCGGGAUGGCGGGCGUAUCGGACUGAAUGGGUCAUCUUUGGAGAAGACGAAAAUCUUGCUGGUUCCAUAGACUUCUGUGCCAAAGAUGAAAAAGGAACUCUGGCUCUGAUAGAUUGGAAGAGGUCUGGUGCUUUAGAAACAAAAUAUUCCUCCCCUUGCUCCAUGCUUCCACCGCUGGCUCACCUGCCAGAUUGUGCUGGAACGCAUUACAGACUUCAACUGAAUGCGUACAGAUACAUCAUUGAAAAGUAUUACGGACACACAGUGGCAAAGAUGUUGGUCGUUGGUACGCAUCCCGAUCGGCAGCUGGAGCCGUUCGUGGACGACGUGCCGCGCUUGGAGCAGGAAACUGAAGCCGUCAUGCACAUCUGGAGGAUGAAGGCUAAAGACGCCCGCGGUGCUGGUUUGGAGCAUGCGCAACUCACAGUUUGCUCUGCUGUCAAUGCAGAGCCGUUGCUUGAGUGCGCAUUGAGCAUCUUUGCAGCUAGAAAUGACAGCUUGCUCCACACGGUUAGGAUAGCUGUCUCCAAUGCAUGCGGUGUCCCUCGCUUCGGUGUUCAAGUUCUCCGUGAGGCAGGGCUCCUCGAUGAUUGGGAGUCGUGGGAAGAGUGCGGUUGUCCAGACUCUGUUUUCGUAGUCAAGAAGCCCUUUUCCUUGGCUUGGACAGAAGACCUUUUCAUGGCCAUCGAGAAUAAACAAACCUCAGAGAUCUACGAAGUUCUGCAAAGAGGGCAAGACCCGAAUUGUGUGCUACAAGAGAGCGCUCUCACCCACGCCGUCGUUCAAGGCAACGUCUGUGCAGUGCAAAUCCUUUUGCGCGCCGGUGCUGUGCCUGAUUUCAUUCCUGUGGGGCAACAUCAUGCAGCAAUACACAUGGCUGCAAUCGCGGAUUCGCCGGCCUGCUUGGAAAUGCUGUUGCGGUCUCAGGCAGAACCGAACCUACCAGAUUUGAGGGGCAUGCUCCCAAUCCAUCAUGCAAUGUGCGUAGAGACUGCGGGCCAAGUCGAAGCAGUUGACAUCUUGUUGGAAUGGGGCGCAGAUGUUCUGCAGAGAGAUUAUGAUGGAGAAUCCGCCUUCUCCUUGGCCUCGCCGGGCAGUUGUGUCGCUGCUUGCAUGGACCAAUGCUGGAAGCAGCUGACUAUGCUUGACAUUGUGCAUCGGCAGUCGGAGGACUUGGUCGGGUACCUUAUGGGAUCGGGUUGUCUUCGAGAGCUUCGGCAAACCUGCUGGGUCCUGCGCAAAUGCUUUGAAUUCCGCGGGCUCUCAGCAGAAUAUGUUAUAGGUGGCUGUUCCAACAUGAGCCAAGAAAUCCUGGCUACCGUCGAUGCGUCCACUGAGCAACAACCACGCGUGGUGCUUCACCCUUCAAACGGAUUGAUGAAGCAAAACUUGCGCACUGGCUUGCCUAGGUUUGAGCAGGACAGGUGUGGAGGGGCUUCUCAAGAAGAAGAUUUCAAUGCACGUAUCGAGCAGGAGGUCCAACAUUUGGACGAGGUGAAUGGCGUCGACCGCAGUAGCCCCAGAGUCGCAGGAGAAGCUCGGCGGGCAGAGCCUGCGGCAGAGCAACAAGUAAAGGAAGAAGCUGAUGCAGAAGAUCCGCGGUGUGACGACGAGGAUGAUCCUUUGUUGGCUUCCGUGAAAAGGAGACGGCUCAUGAAAGGUGCGAGCACUACCCGCCAUGAGUUUGAUCAAAUGUUUCGGAAUUACGACGAGUGGAACCAAGCCUUGGCCAGUGAGAUCCCGGACGUGGCCAAAGGCAAUGAUACAAUUUUAUCCCGGGUGAAGACGUUAAGGCAGCAAGUCCGUACAAGAUUCCCUACUUGGUCCGAUUACCUGAUAUGUCUCGGCGCAGCUGCCCUUGCCGCCAAUGUCGCCAGACUUACUGAUCGUCUCUUCGUGGGUGACAAUGCUUUUUUCCUUUGGCUUGUGGAAGGGGAUCGGCACAUUCGAGUUCACGACGGCUUUUGCUAUAUAUACAAUGAUGAUGGUGCUUUCUUGCCAUACAGUGGCACCCCACCGCAGGCGGUCCUUCUUCGCUUGUCACUUUUCUUCGGUCACUUGGAAGGCAUCUUUAGGCGCAUGAGCCCAACAGCCAGGCGCAAUGAUGUAGACAUUUUGUCAUCCAUUGCAGCAGACCGUGCGAAGUUCUCAGAGGAAGACAGCUUUCUGCAGGCUUGCAACGAAGCUGCCAUUUGGCAGCAAACUUUGGCGCCUGCCCAUCAGGCGGAUGAUGAUGAUGAUGAUGGUGUGGACUUGGCGGCAGAAGUUCAGAUGCAGGACAAUCAAAAUAAAAAGGCAAGGGACGAAUGGACAAUUGCUCUGGGAAAGCGAGUAUGGAAGAUUUGUCAGUCCAUCCGAAGUGACCUCAUGCACGAGAAGCUCGUGUCGUUAUUAGUUGAGUGGUGUGAGACCCCCCGAUCGCAGAAGCCAUGCGUUGCGUACGAAGACACAUUUGUUCAAUAUGAUGUUAGCAGAGAGACAAUUCUGAAACACUUGCCCAAAUCCUCUGACCAUGACUGCUACAUCUACAUUCCUCACCCAUUGCUGGACCCAACUCUAGAGCAACACAAACAGCGCCUUCACAAGUUCUACCAGCAAACCUUUUGGGCCAACAACGAUGUCUUCGCCUGCAACAUGGCUGCCAUGGCGUUAGCCAAGCGAGGCUUCAACGUCGAUCGAUGCUUUAUUGGUGAAUCCCCGGGGGGUGUGGGGCAGUCCUUGUUCUCCAUGCACAUCGACGCAAUGCUCGGGUCAAACCAUGGGUAUUUCGACCCCAAUGUGUGGUAUAAUGAAGAUGAGCUUCGAAAACAAGUGGAAUCCUUUGCUCGCUGCAUAGUAGUUAGUAGUUACCGGGCAGGAGGCGCCGGAAUCGCAUAA